UGUGACAAAGCUGAACCCCAGGACUGUCCCCUGCCCCCCGUUCCCAUGCCCCCUGCUGCAGAGCAGGGCUGACUCCUCAGCAUCAGUGGGCACAGGCCCUGCUCCUCACUGCACCUCCAGCCAGCACCACACAGGGCUCAGACACCGAACUGAGGGAAGGUCUGGAAAAGGACAAGGGGUGUGGAACAGUGCGUGGGUGUAUGAGAAAUUAUUUCGACUCUGCUCAGAGAAGCCUCCCCUAACGUCUCACUGUCUUUUCCUUCUGUAACAGUGCCCUAUGCUUGGAGGUAGCAAAUGUCCAACAGCAGCUCCAUCACCCAGUUCCUCCUCCUGCCGUUCACAGACACACGGGAGCUGCAGCUCUUGCACUUCUGGCUCUUCCUGGGCAUCUACCUGGCUGCCCUCCUGGGCAACGGCCUCAUCAUCACCACCAUAGCCUGGGACCAGCACCUCCACACCCCCAUGUACUUCUUCCUGCUCAACCUCGCCCUCCUCGACCUGGGCUACAUCUCAACCACUGUCCCCAAGUCCAUGGGCAAUUCCCUCUGGAACACCAGGGCCAUCUCCUACACAGGAUGUGCUGCCCAAGUGUUUCUGGUUGUCUUUUUAGCUUCAGCAGAGUAUUGGCUCCUCACCAUCAUGUCCUAUGACCGCUACGUUGCCAUCUGCAAACCCCUGCACUACAGGACCCUCCUGGGCAGCAGAGCUUGUGUCCACAUGGCAGCAGCUGCCUGGGCCACUGGGUUUCUCUAUUCUCUGCUGCACACGGCCAAUACAUUUUCACUGCCCCUGUGCAAGGGCAAUGCCCUGGGCCAGUUCUUCUGUGAAAUCCCCCAGAUCCUCAAGCUCUCCUGCUCAGACACCUACCUCAGGGAACUUGGGCUUAUUGUGGUUAGUGUCUGCAUAAUUUCUAUGUGUUUUGUGUUCAUUGUGGUGUCCUAUGUGCAGAUCUUCAGGGCCGUGCUGAGGAUCACCUCUGAGCAGGGUCGGCACAAAGCCUUUUCCACCUGCCUCCCUCACCUGGCCGUGGUCUCUCUGUUUGUAAGCACUGUCAUAUUAUCUCACUUGAAGCCCCCUACCAUCUCCUCCCCAUCCCUGGACCUGGUGGUGUCAGUUCUGUACUCAGUGGUGCCUCCAGCAGUGAACCCCCUCAUCUACAGCAUGAGGAACCAGGAGAUCAAGGAUUCAGUGUGGCAGCUGAUGACUGGCUGCUUUCCAAAGCAAUAA